GUCACGCCGUUUUCCCUUUUCUAGAUAACAAUGGUUAAGACAACUAUCAUUGCACGCCUAUCAGAUGGUCUCCCGUUAGCGGCUAGCAUGGAUGAUGAGCAGGUAGAAACAGAACUUGCAGAAUACAAGGGACAGGCCAAGAGUAUAUUUAAGCGCCUUAAUAUUAAUUCCGAGCCGAGAUGCUCGAUUGAGUCUAAUGGCUAUCAAUUCCAUUACAUAAUCGAAGGAGGCGUGUGCUAUCUCUGCAUCUGUGACAAAUCGUACCCUCGUAAACUUGCAUUUAGCUACCUUGAAGAACUUGCUAAAGAAUUCAACAUGAGCUAUGGUAAUGAAGUAGAGAAGCCUGGAUUGAGACCAUAUGCGUUUGUAAAAUUUGAUACAUUUAUGCAAAAAACCAAGCGAAUCUACCAAGAUACCCGAACACAACAUAACCUGACAAAAUUGAAUGAAGAUCUUCAAGACGUUACGCGAAUCAUGACAAAGAACAUGGAAGAUUUGUUGUGGCGGGGGGAUAGUCUUGAUCGCAUGAGCCAUAUCUCCGGUGAGCUCAAGGACAGCGCCAAGAUGUUCAAGGACAAAGCGCGUCAUUUGAACCUUCAGGCGCUUUAUAGAAAGUAUGGCCCUCCUGCCAUUAUCGCUUCAUUUAUUUUGUUUGUCUUGUUUGUCAGAUACUAUUGGUACUAAUGUUUAUAACUAUAAAAGAAAGGAUGAGUCUAGUAUGAUAUCAGAUUGC